UAGUAAUAGCUUAGAGCUAGAAUUAUAGGAGCAUCCUAGUUUAGUUGUAUUGUGAUCGUGUUGUGAAAAUGUACUAUACUCAGAUAAUCCUACUGCUGUUUGCUCUACAGUCACUGGUAUCAAUCGCAGCGUACACUUUGGUUCAAGUACAGGACAACACAAAGCAGAAACUACAGGAGAGUCUUACAGAGGUGGCCGAGACAAAGCGUCCAUUUACCAAUGGUCAUGGAUAUCAAUUCGAUAACAGAGAACUGAUUGAACACCAAAAAUCAACAGGUGAUGAAAUGAAAGCAGAAAACACCGACACUGAUGUAGGUGGUGACGAACGUGAUAAUUUUGCUGACAACGCGCGUGACGAAACAAACCGACAUAAUGAUAAUGAGGAAUUAGCGGUAACUGCUCGUCCGUUUACCAACGGACACGGAUACGAAUUUGCUGAUUGGGAUCCAAUUGACGUCAAGGGACUGAGAAAUAAGUUGUUAAAUAAAAUGAAAGAAAUGUAUCCAAGUAUUAAGAGGAACAAUGUUCAACCAACGGACAAAAUUCGUCGGAAAAGACAACUAGUAAACUAUCAGAACAUACCUGAUGGAUUGGCUCAGCACAACUUGGACCCGCAAGUUAUACCGGACCACGUCAACAGAAUGUUAGUCAGUAGACCAUCCAUUGACAACUCUAUGAGAGCGAACGGUCCUUUGAGGGAUGAAUACGGAAAUGUUUUGUAUGAGAACAUGAACCCUGUAUAUUCCGGGGGCAGACAAUUUGCCAAUGUACCUAGAGGAUAUGGGAACUUGAGAAGCGAUCAAGGUUAUGUAUGGAAUCAAAUAAAUAACAUACAAAAUGAACCGUUACAAAACCAAUAUAUCAGCCAAGCUGUGCAGCAAAGACCACUUGAAAGCUCACCACUAAAUUGUAAUCCGUAUAAGCAAAUACAAUUGACUACUCCUGACAAUGAAUUGAAAAACAUUAAACAAACACCUAUAGAUAGAAAUGAUGACAGAAAUAUGGAGAAGCUACUAAAUUCUGAACUAACCAAUAAGGUAAACAAUGAAAGUUUCACUCAGGUGGUUGAUAAACAAAUAGUAACUAAUAAUAGCGAAGUAAUCAAAAAUGUUUACAAAGAAGAGAUGAUGAAUAACGUCAACCAAAUAAGUAAAAGAAUUAACUCUAUCAAAGACAAAGUAAAGGAUAAGUUUGGUAAUAUAAAUGGAAUUUUGAAUUCAACAGCGGUAAAGAAACUACUUGUGAGUGACAAGAAUGUGGAUAUUGCGGACAAACAACUCGAAGAUUACACUCAACCGAAUUCUGACAAACUCACAGAUGAUAAGUUAGAUGCCGAACCAAGUGACGCCAUUAUUGAUGUAGACGAUGCUAAUAUUAAUGGUACUCGUAAUAUUACUGAUAAGGGAGCAAUUACAAAUGUUAUUGAAAAUAAUGAAGAAAUAGAAAAACCAGAGCAAAGUAUAUGUAACUUAAAUAAUAAUGAAGCAGAACCUUUUGUUAACAACAAUCAGACGGCUGAAGAUAAUAUUUCUGUAAAAACCGAAGCACAAACCACAGAAAUCAAUGAUUCAAGAAAUUCUACUCCUAACGAAACAAUAAAUAAUGAACAAGAGACAUUAGAACUUGAUCCUAUAGAAAGUAUACUUCCGAAUGAGACUUCAUCAACAGAUAUAAAACAAGAUACAUUAACAGAAGUAGUUAAAGAGACUGACAUAAAAACCUCUGAUAUUAAAGUUUUAAACGAAGCAAAUAUUGAAGUAGAAGAAAAUAGCAAUGAUCACAAUAAUCACGAUGAUAUAAAACAAGAAAAAUCUACGGAUCUCAAUUUUGAAGAAUUGUUUGAUAAGGAAGAAUUUUGGGAUUGGCUUUCUAAAUGGACGACGGCGUAUAUGGAGAUAUUAAAUGAGAAUAUUAAAACAAUCGUUAAAGGAGAAGUCACUAAGCAACUGGUAGAAAUCAAGUCGAAAACGUCAAUAGACGGGGAUCUUCAAACUAUGAUCGACAAAAAAGAAGACUUAUCAAUCAAAAAGAAAUAAAAUACUCUCUCUGAUUAAUUUUAUAAGUGUAUUAUAUAUUUUAAUGUUAUUUUACAGGCACCACAAUACAUUUUUACAUUGUGAUUGCGUCCGAUUAAUGAAUGGGCGUAAUUUUUCGUAACUUGUAACGUGACAAGGCCGCUCUACAUUUUCAAUUUUCAUGCCAACAAAAACGUACCGCCAAACGGUCUAGCAUUCCGAUAUGAUGCCGCGAAGAAGCCGUCCUAGGGCCAAUUGUACACUAACUUGUCAGAUGAAAGCACAGUCAAGGGUAACAUCAUCAACAUAACACAAAAUGGUAACAACAGUUUAGCAGUUUCACGACGAGAUUCUUCGCGGUUUUGCGCUAUGUUUGUGCCAGGUCGCGCGUUGCCCCUCAAUAUUUGUCAGCUUUUCGUGAACUAGGUAAUAAUGAAUAAUCAGUACCUACCUAACGACGCAGACGCGUUUUAGAAUGUGGAACAAUGACAGCAUUUGCCAAAAAUCGCGCAACGAAUUGCACCGUGGUUCGCGCCAUAAAUUCAAUGCAUGAGAAUAUGGAACGGCCUAUACACUAUACAAGUACCGUGUAAUUAAUGUAUAGAGGUGACAAAAAAAAUUUACACAUUCUAUUAGUGUAAUUAGGUAAUCAGCACUGUUUAAUUGCUAUGAGAUGUACUACUAACUUAUUAUUUAUUGAUAGCUAAAAAAUAAUUAUGCGUAAUUUAAGUGAUUAAUAUAUGAAUACCUUAAAUUAUUAAAUUAGAAAUUAUAUAAAUUAAUGUUGUAAUGAGAAUCUAUUUAUUGAAAUAAUAAAAACUUUAUCAUUUAAAUGUGCAUAUAAUUGAAUGUUUUA